CAUCACCCCGUAUAUCUUGACCCUUUUCUCCUUUCUUUACCACAUAACGGAAAGCCUAAAUUUUUCGCCAAUUUGUGCUUCACGCCUUUGAAGACUGCACAAUUGCGUGAUAUAGUGUCCUACUCAUCAUACGGCUUGAGUGAUCCACUUUUCCCUCUGAAUGAACCCAGGUGGCCGUGCUGUGGCUGUUGAUUUCGUCGAGGACGAAUUUGAAGAGAUUGGGUAUCCAGAGACGUUGCCAACUUACUCGCCUCAUAUGGACGAAUCUGCUGCGGCCAGACGCCGACUUGGAAAGGGCAAACCGGAGGGUGCAGAAGAGAAAGUAUGGUACGACGACGAAGACGACUAUAAAGCGCCCUCCGUGCGCUCCAUUAGCGGUGGUAGACCCGCCCAGCUAGCCUUGCCACCACCAACAACUCUCCGCGAAUUCAUCUUCCAAAACAUGCCUUCCAUACCUCCCCUUGUUUAUACCCUUCUCGCCUGCUACACGCGCUUUCAUCGAAUCGGGCUGUCAGCAACGGUCGUUUGGGAUGAAGCGCAUUUCGGAAAAUUCGCUUCUCAUUACCUGAAGAGAGAAUUCUACUUUGACGUUCACCCGCCUUUGGGCAAAAUGUUGGUUGGUCUAGCUGGCUUGCUUUCUGGGUACAAUGGUGGAUUCGACUUUAAGAGUGGAGCGGACUACCCACCAGAAGUACCAUAUGUAGCCAUGCGAGUCAUGCUCGCAACUUUUGGUGUCGGGAUGGUACCGCUUGGCUGGUUCACAGCCAUCGAACUUGGUAUGUCCCAAUGGGCUGCGCAUCUCGUAGCUUUGAUGGUCUUGUUCGACGUCGGUUGGCUUUGUAUCUCCCGAUUCAUUCUUCUGGACUCCAUGCUCCUCUUCUUCACCUUCCUUACAGUCUUCUGUCUUUCCAAAUUCCAUAAUCAACAGAGCCAUCCGUUUGACUUCGAUUGGUGGACGUGGCUUGCUAUGACUGGUAUUUCAAUUGGAUUGGUCACCAGUGUUAAAAUGGUUGGGCUUUUUGUGACGGCUCUCGUUGGCAUCUACACUCUGCAAGAUCUAUGGGAUAAAUUCGGCGACCUACAUCUUACUCCAAGAGAACAGGCAAAACAUUGGGGCGCUCGCGUCCUUUGUUUAAUCAUUAUUCCUAUUCUCGUCUUCAUGGCCACUUUCAAAAUCCACUUUUUGAUCUUGAACCACAGUGGACCUGGAGACGCCCAGAUGAGCAGUCUUUUCCAGGCCAACCUGUACGGAAACGAUUUUCAUAACAAUCCUUUGGAAAUUGCCAUAGGAUCGAAAGUAACCAUCAAAAACAUGGCUUUCGGAGGUGGGCUUUUGCACUCUCACGUCCAAACAUAUCCAACUGGCUCGAACCAACAACAAGUAACAUGCUACCACUACAAAGACGAAAACAACGAAUUCUGGUUCUGGCCUGGGUGGGAUCAAAAGGAUACCGUUUGGGACCCAAAAUAUGGCUCGCAUGACCCUAAUGAUGAGGAAGUCCGGUUCUUGAAGCAUCUCGAUGUCGUGAGAUUGGUGCACGUACCCACUACCAGGAACAUCCACUCGCAUACUAUCCCUGCACCUGUCACGAAAGCCAACUGGGAAGUCUCUGGAUAUGGGAAUGCAACAAUUGGUGAUGUGCAAGACCACUGGGUCGUAGAAGUUCUUGGAGACGUAGUCAGAGGCGACGUCAACCGCUACUUAGAGCCCAAAUCUGCAACCGUGGACCCUCGCGCACGCAUUCAUGCACUCACUACACGUCUUCGUUUCCGUCACCAGGUCCUUGGAUGCUACCUCUCUGCUGGCCGUACUAGUCUUCCUCAGUGGGGUUUCAAACAGAUUGAAGUGAGUUGUGCAAAAGAAGAGGCUGGGUCUAAACCUGCUGAGGGCACUAUCUGGAAUGUUGAAAGUCAUUGGAAUACCAAACUACCUCCCGCCGCCCGUUCGCUUUCCCGCUCCCCGUUUUUGACGGACUUCAUUCAUCUUAAUAUUGCAAUGAUGACAUCCAACAAUGCAUUAGUACCAGAUCCGGAUAAAGAGGACCUUCUCGCCAGUAAACCCUGGGAAUGGCCGUUCUUGAGUGUCGGGUUGAGGAUGUGUGGUUGGGGAGAUUCACAGAUAAAAUACUACCUUAUGGGCAACCCUAUCAUUUGGUGGGGUGGCUCCAUCAGUCUUAUCAUCGCUGCUUUUGUUUCUGUCGGAUUGGUAGUUCGGAGACAACGAUACGGUGGUGGCAGGGGAACACGCAAGCCUGCCCCCAAUUCACUCAAUGGGGAUUCUGGCAGGAAUGGCGCAGCGUUAGCUUCUAGGCCCGGCGACGGUCUCACACAACGUGAAUGGGCGCAGUUCUGGCACGUAACUCGUAUCGCUGGAGGCGGUUGGAUCUUACAUUAUCUGCCAUUCUUAAUUAUGGGCCGUGUCACAUAUAUCCACCAUUAUCUUCCAACACUAUACUUCGCCGUGCUCAUGUUCGCCCAUCUUUUGGACUACUUUGUCUUCCAAGUCCCUUCCACUGCUUCAGCGAGCCUUCAAGCCGUCCCAACAUCCAGUAUAUCUCUAUCUGAUCUCAGCAGUAUACCUAAAAUCAUUCGCACCUUCCGGUCACUCCCCCGAAUAACAAGAAUCAAAGUGUACGUAUUUUCUAUCACAGUAUCCGCUAUAUUUGGUACGUUCUGGUGGUUCCGCGCUGUUGCCUGGGGAAUAGAGGGCCCUGUGCGAGACACUUGGGGGCUGGCAUGGCGGGAGAAUUGGAACAUAUAUCACUAAACGCUGUGUCCGCCGAAAAAUAACGAGUAUGGAUAUGGACACUGGAUAGCGGGUUCUCUCUUCAAUUCUAUGGUUUGGCUCCAUAGACUAGUUCUCAUUCCCCUUGGUUUCCAAUCUCCCUUAUUUCUCUGGGUAUCCCGUCGUUUAGUUUUCAUCUGCCUCCAAAAAGUUCAACCUGCAUACUAUCCCUCAAGCUCAAGUAUUAUAUCGUGUAGUUGUU